AUGUUCAGGUUUUUGUACAGUCUCUUCUACUCUUUGUAUCACUGUGUCUCCAGAGUUGUACACAUGGAACAUUGGCUGUGGAUUAUUCUUGCUGCUCUUUUCUUUGAGUGUAAAGGAGACAAAGUCAUCCAGACUGAAGGAGACCUUGUUGCUGCUGAAGGACAAACUAUUACUCUGGGAUGUUCUUUUGAAACGAGCUCUACUUUACCAACUUUGUUCUGGUACAAACAAGAUGAAAACAGUUUCCCACAGUUCAUGCUGUCACGUUAUGGAACAUCAGGAGGAGUUAAUGAUCCAGGAUUCAUCAAAGACAGAUUUGAUGCAACAAUCAUCAACAAUUCUGAAGUUCCUCUGACGAUCCAGAAUCUUAAUGUGUCAGACUCUGCUGUGUACUACUGUGCUCUGCAGCCCACAGUGACAGGAAACAUCAAAACUCUGUCCAAAAACCUGCAGAGCAAAGACAACACAAUCCUCCACAACAUCCACUAG